AUGGACUUCUCACAGGAGGUCCCGCACUCUGACCUCCUCAUCAUUCGCGGCCACCAACCGUUCAACGCGGAACCCAAGGCAUCCGCGCUGGUCCAGUUCCCCAUCACGCCUGAGGAGCUAGUGUACUGCCGAAACCACGGACCCGUGCAGGAGUACGAUUGGGAUGACUUUGAGGUGAAGAUCAGAAUCAGGGAUCUGAAGGGCGACGGGCCAUCAUUUGCUGCCGAAAGAAUCGUCACAGCGAAGGAUGUCCGAGAGCAGUUCGAGAGGGUCGAGGUCGAGGCAGCUUUGCAGUGUGCAGGGAAUCGGCGCAAAGAGAUGUCGACCCUGAAGCCCGUCGUGGGCGUGCUCUGGGACGACGGCGUCAUCGCGAACUGCAAGUGGGCAGGCGCGCGUCUGCGCGAUGUGCUUGCUGCUGCUGGGCUGCCCGGUAGUCUCCUCGACCAAGCAUCUGACCUCGAAACCACCACUGGCCCGUCUGGGCUUUAUGUUCGUUUCAAUUCGAGCGUGACGCCAACCGAGAAUGAUGCUUACUACGGCGCGAGUAUCUCUUUGGAGAAGGCGCUCUCGAAUGACGCUCUACUUGCGUACGAGAUGAACGAUGCCCCGUUGAGCCCUGAUCGUGGCGGACCACUGCGGGCGGUCGUCCCUGGUUAUCUCGGCGCGCGAUGGGUAAAGUGGGUCGAUGAGAUUGAGAUUUGCCGAGAAGAGAGCCCGAACUAUUACCAGGCGAGAGAUUACAAGGUUCUGCCACCAGAGAUCGAGAACAAGGAGCAAGCGAAGGAUGCAUGGACCAAAUACCCCUCAAUGACUACGCUUCCGCUCAACUCCGUCGUAGCUUCUAUCACCCGUCGGUCGCCGACUGAGAUCUUCGUGAAAGGAUACGCUAUUGGGCGAGGCUCAGCCAGGGUCACAAAGAUCGAGGUUACGCUUAACGAAGGGACGGCCUGGAUGCCUGCGAAGAUUACGUACCAGGGCGGAAAGUGGAGCUGGACGCUAUGGUCGGCAUCCGUCGCGGUAGAGGAAGGGAUGCACGGAACAAUGCACAUCCGGGCAUCCGACGAGAAGGGGAACGUGCAGCAGCAGACGUGUCCUUGGAACAUGCGGGGGGUAGCGUAUUGUCCCUGGGGCGUGAAGACGUUCUGA